UAUUCCCCCAAAGCCAAAGGCAAGCCAUUCCCACUCCAAUUUGCCCUUUUUUUUCAUUUGCUUUCCCAUUCAUUCCAUUUUUCUUUCAUUUCAACCACAAACUCUCUCCCUCUUCCAUGGUUUUUUAUAUCCCAAACUUGAUUUCUUUCUCUCUUCAAUGGCUAUGAACACUUGUACUUUAUGUUUGGUUUCAGCCAUGGAUCGCCUUUGGUACCACCAAAUCAUUCUUUGGUCAGAUCCUCUAAGUUCUUCCCAUCUUCCUAAUUUUGACCAAACUUUGCCUUUCACGAAGUUUCCUUCUUGCCCAUCUCCCUCUUCACCUCUAACAAAUGAAACAAUUAUCCCCUCCUCUUUCUCGWCUCUCUCGGUUUCCUCUGUCRAUGAUAUCUCCCUCGACUCACASGAAGGUUGUAGUAAUGAUGAUGACAAAGAGAAAGAAGUUGAAAAGAGAGAAUCAACUGAAAAAAUGCCCAACAAUCUCAAAUCUUCAGUGGGGAUAAAAUUGAACAAAUCAAAAAGUUGUAGAAGUUUGGGAGAGUUGGAACUUGAAGAAGUUAAAGGGUUUAUUGAUUUGGGGUUUGAAUUCAAGAGAGAAAAUUUGAACCCUCAAAUGGUGACAUUACUUCCUGGUUUACAAAGACUUGGAAUUCCCAUAAACAAACGGAAACARCUUGAAGAAGAAAAUGAUGAARAAAAUGAUGAUGAAGAUCAUAAGAGAGAUAAAUCAAGGCCAUAUCUCUCAGAGGCAUGGACAAUAAAAAGACCAAAUUCUCCUCUUUUACAACUAAGGAUGUCAAAGGUUUCUUCGACCUCGGACAUGAAGAAACACCUCAAAUUUUGGGCUAAAACYGUUGCRUCUGAAAUUCAACAAGAAUCUUAAAACGCUCAUUUUAAGACUCUUUUCAAAUAGAAGUUUUUACUUUUGAUAAACAAAAAYUCAGUAGAAACAUGUUUGGAUAACUAGUCUUGAAAAACAGUUGUAUUUCAACGUAAUAAUAACACUAUCUAAUUAAGUCGUUUUGAAUAAAAUUUUGACCCUCCAUCAACUUUGUUCUUUCACCCUCCAAUUGUAAAGGAAUAAAAAUUGUACUUUUAUGUAUAGUUUUUUCUUUCACUUUUAUUUUAAGAAGAAAGUUUGUGUAGAGUUGUUGUAAGACAAAUGAAUAAUAAAUUAAUGGGAAAAAAGGCUAAGGAGCAAGUUGAGUUUACUCUUGAUUGAGUUUGUGUCACACAUCAUGAUKGAAUGGAAGCUCAUUUUUCCUUGCUUGUAAUUUUUUAAUUUUUAUAUGUGUUUUUUUUUUCAAGAUAAUGAUUCAAAUUUGGAACCUACCCCAA